GAUAAGAUGUGAAGGUGUAAAUUACCCUCCAUAAGUAUUAGCGUUGCCCACAGCAAUACAGUUCCUUCAACGCCGCGAGUUCGUACAGAUCACCAUGAGUUUAGUGGGCAAAGUUGUAAUUGUAACCGGAGCGAGUUCGGGCAUUGGUGCUGCGACGGCAGAAGCUUUUGCCAAAGCAGGUUCCAAAGUGGUGCUCACAGGACGAAAUGCAGCGAAUUUGAAGGUUACCGAAGCGGCCUGUAAAGCUGCCAACAGCAAAGCCGAACUUCUAUUAAUCGCUGCUGAUGUCACAGUGGAUGCGGAACGCAUUAUAAACACAACAAUUGACCGUUUUGGACAAUUGGAUGUGCUGGUCAAUAACGCGGGUAUUUUUGAAGUUGGCAACAUAUUAGAUAUUGAAGUCGAUCAAUUUGAUAGAAUUUUCAAUACAAAUGUGCGUUCCGUCUUCCUUUUAACUAAAUUUGCAGCGCCACACUUGAUCACGAGCAAGGGUAAUAUCGUGAAUGUCUCUAGCGUCUCAAGUUUGCGUUCUAACCGUGGUAUGUCCGCCUAUUGCAGCUCGAAGGCAGCACUGGAUCAAUUCACUAGAUGUAUCGCCUUGGAUUUGGCGCCGCAAAAUGUACGUGUAAAUUCUAUUAAUCCCGGUGUUAUUGUGACCGGUAUUCAUAGAAGUCUUAGUUCAUCGCCGCAGGAACUUGACGAGUUUUAUGUGCGUUCUAAGGCAAUGCAUCCACUUGGUCGUGUUGGCGAACCAAAAGAGGUAGCCCAUGCUAUUAUUUUCUUAGCUAGUGACAGCACUAGUUUUAUAACGGGUGUAACUAUGCCCAUCGACGGUGGCAGACAUGCCCUCAACUCUUUUUGAUUAUUGUUUGAAAUGUCGUUGUUUUUAAAUUGAUAAAUAAAUGUGAGAUAUAAUUAACAAAAUUUACUAUGUGUCUUAACAUUAGUUAAUUAACGUUAGUAACGGUUACUUUUACAUAUAUAUUGGGUAGUCGAAAAAGUCUUUUCGUAUAUGUAAUCAAACUUAUUUUUUUUUUAUUUAUACUAAUAAAUAAACAAAUAUGUCAUUUUGGUCGACCACUUUUUGCCAUUUUUCCGCUAGAGACAUUAUUCCCUCAGUGUAAAACUUUCAUUAAUGUAAAUCGAAAUUUCGAAAUUUCCAGCACGAAAGCGAGCGAACCAUUGUUGGUUGUGCUACACGAACUGAUACAGCAUCGUCUCCGUAAACUUCACAAAUUUCAUUGGUAGCUUGCGUGGCAUUCUCCCUUUUUUCUACAAAAAUUUCAAAAUUUGGAGAAUUUCUUCAUUAUU